CGAGGACUUGCCGAACCACGAAAGCCCAUCGCGUGGUGCUUGUGUGCUGCUCCCCUCAAUCCAAUCCCACGGCCGGCGCGCGCGCGCAGGCCGCAGGCGAGCAGCGAACUCUCCAAGCCCUCGCUCAGACGCUGCACCCACAGUCCCACACCCACUCUUUCCCGGAUCCCGCGCGGUUCGAUCCGGAGGGGCUGGCGAGGAGGGGAUCCCCCGGCUUGUGAGGAGGAGCCCCAUUAGCGGCCGCUGCCGUUAGGGGCGGGACUGGUACUUCCUCCCUUCGAUCCCUGGUCUGCAAUGUUGCCGAUGUCGAACCCUUCAGCUAAUCCCACACAGCUUACAAUUUUCUAUGGUGGAUCAGUAUGUGUAUGACUCGGUGCCACCAGAAAAGGCUCAGGCAAUCAUGCUUAUAGCUGCAGCUGCGGCAGCUGCGGCAGCCACCAAAGGCAGUGCUGCCACUGCUUUUAAUCCUCCAAUGGUACAUACAGCCACUGUCGCCCCAGCAGCAGUCUUCUCUCCUGUGCUUACACGGUCUCCAUCACUGCAGAGCACUUCUGUAGCAGCUGGACAAGCUCAGGUUGUUGCUGACCCUAGCUCAAUAAGCAAGCUUCACGCUGAUCUCCCCAUUGCCAGGAGGCACUCUCUCCAGCGCUUCCUUGAGAAACGUCGUGACAGGGUCGUGCGCAAAGCUCCGUAUAGCCCCGCCAAGUCGUUCGAUGGCAUGGAGUCAGCGGGAAUGGAGAUGACUGCGGACGGCAAGCAGGGCGCAAGGCCCAGUAUCUUGAAAGGUUGGGGAGCCGCGAAGUCUGAAGUCUGAACGGUGAAAGCGUAGCCCCGCGGGAGCGUGGCGGUGUCUGGGAACCGUGAGAGCACCUAGAGGGGGGGGUGAAUAGGUGAUCCUGUAAAAACUUAACUUAUAGCCACAAAGACUUGUUAAGGGUUAGCACAAUAAUUGCCAAGUGGCUAAA